UAACAAGGACUACAGCGUUUGUUGGGAAGAUUAUAUGUCAUUGUCCCAAGCGUGGCAACUGAGCCUGCUGUUCACUUGUAUCUGCGGGUGAUGACGUUAAAUUCAGUUGACCGUGUUGUAGUUCAGUAUAGCAUGACGUUAGCUUUUUACUUUUAUUGGACACAAAUCUUAUUUUCAGCAAUAAUCCAAAAACCCACUUAAAAAUACCUAAAAAUACCACUAACUUCCAGGUUUGCCUCCAAAAUUAUGUAACGACUGCACCACUCUAUAAUGGAAGUCUGUAGGACACACCAGUUUACCAACUACCACUAGUUCAUCCCAUGCUUGUGAAUGUGAUACCUCUAGAAUGCUUUGAAAGAUUUCCUUUAAUUUUGCACAAAUGUCCAAGGAACAACGUGGUCAAAAACCUCUGCAGAUCUUUGUCUUAGCCCACAACUUUUCUUUCACUCUCUGACAGUUUUCCACCUCAUAGAGGUAUAUAACCACAGAAGGUAGUUCUAGCUUGUGUUUGUGAUGAGAUUUUUGCCUGGAAGAAAAUAUGAAUAACUAGAAUUAUCAGUUAAAAUAUCCUCACUUAACAUCUGAAUGUUUGCUUUAACUCCUAUCUGAAAUUUAAAGCCACUGUCAUCAGAUAACUUAAUUUUUGUGUGAGUUGUUUUACAUGGAGGCUUUAGGACCCAGGGUGCUCAGCUCUCUCUGUGCUCUCUGCUGUUGAAGCUCAUGUCUCUGCUGCCUUCUGCUUCUCUCUGUCCCUGUUUAGGAUAGACAGAGCGGCUGCCUGCUGGAUCCCUGCCUCUCCCUCUCUACCUCUUUUUUUCCCUCUUUACAUGGAGAUCAAACGCCCAGAGACUCACAGCAUCCAGCAGAAGGACAACCUCCACAGACCACCUGCAAGCUCAGAAAACUCACACUACCUGAGGGUGCUGCAGCUUCUGGAGUAGUUUGAUCAAGAGUUUAAGCCUGAAAGAAAAGGUGUUACAGAAGUAACACCUUAUAUUCAUUUUGUUUUUCAUAUUUGUUUUUUAUUUCAGCCUGGACUUGUUCACAGAGCUGCUGAGCUCAGUCUCCUCCCCUUUUCUCUUUCACUUACUCAGCUGUCACUCUGUCUGUCACUCUCAGGAUAUCCCCUUCCCUCUUUCUAGGGUUUCAUAAUGCAUCAGGAGCUCGCUUGGGCGCACGGCUGGAUUUCAUCCCAAUGCUUUCACCUCGUUUGAGAAAACAGAUGAGCAGUUAGCGCUACCUCAGCAUGAAUCAACAGACUGGGGUCAUGGACAUAAGGAAAAGUCCCAGGCCAGUGCCUCACAGAGACUCACACUUAACUUUAAAUAACUAGAAACAAAUCACUUGAUUAAUUAUUGACCCCUCAGAGCUUGUUUCUAAGGGGAGCUUUAAAGGAGCAGGGUUGUUUUUUAUGUGUUAUUGUUGGAUUGUUUGGAUUUAUAAUCAUGGGAAACGCAGCAGGAAGCAUGGAGGUACCCCAAGGGAAGGAGGGCAAGACGACAGCAGCCCCUCCAGGCUCCACAGGGCCCCAGAAACAAACUGCAGGUCUGAAACUCCCGAUGCCAGCGGAAGAGGAGCUGGAGCAGCGCUUCAGUGCCGUACUGAACACGAUGAAUCUUCCUCCAGACAAGGUGAAGAUCCUCAGCCAGUACGAUAACGAGAAGAAGUGGGACCUGAUCUGUGACCAGGAGCGUUUUCAAGUGAAGAACCCCCCAUCAGCAUAUCUGGAGAAGCUGAAGAGUUAUCUGGAUCACGGAGGCGUCAGUCGAAAGUUUAAGAGACGAGUCCAGGAAUCCACCCAGAUCCUCAGAGAGUUGGAGAUUUCCCUGAGGACCAAUUACAUCGGCUGGGCUCAGGAGUUCCUGAACGAGGAGAACCAGGGUUUGGAUGUUCUGGUGGAUUAUCUGUCCUUCGCUCACAGUGCUGUCACAUAUGAUGUGGACUAUUUGGACAACGGCACGCUAACCUCAGACAAAAUCAAAACUCUGGAGAAGUCAGCCGAGGAUCUGAGCAGAAGUGCCAGCAACUCUCCGUCUCACGGUGCCUCCAAGGCUGGCAAGGCCUUCACAGUCAGAUUCAACUCUCUCCAAAACAGGAAAGCGCUAAAGAACUCCCGUCCUGUGAGUCAGGCUGAUGACGUUCACCUCUGCAUCAUGUGUUUACGUGCCAUCAUGAACUAUCAGUUGGGGUUUAACCUGGUGAUGAAACAUCCAUGCUGUGUGAACGAGAUCACACUCAGCCUCAACAACAGAAACCCUCGGACCAAAGCUCUGGUUCUGGAGCUGCUGGCAGCCGUAUGUUUGGUGAGAGGAGGUCACGACAUCAUCCUGUCUGCUUUCGACAACUUCAAAGAGGUAUGUGGAGAGAAGAGCCGCUUUGAGAAGCUGAUGGAGUAUUUCUGCAAUGAAGACAGCAACAUCGAUUUUAUGGUGGCUUGUAUGCAGUUCAUCAACAUCGUGGUUCAUUCAGUGGAAAACAUGAACUUCAGAGUUCAUCUGCAGUACGAGUUCACUCAUCACAGACUUGACGAAUACCUGGAGAAGUUGAAAUUCACAGAGAGCGACAGGCUGCUGGUGCAGAUUCAGGCCUAUCUAGAUAACGUGUUCGAUGUUGGAGCUCUGCUGGAGGACGCAGAGACGAAGAACGCUCUGCUGGAGCACAUGGAGGAGCUGCAGGAGCACAACACACAGCUGAACACGCGGCUUCAGGAGAAUGAGAGGGAGGCGAUGGAGAGAACCUUGGACCUGGAGAAGAAGCUCAUUCAGACGACCAAAGAAGUGGAGCUGCUCAAGGAGAGUCUUCGUGAAUCAUGCUCUCAGGUGGCGCUUCUGCAGCAGCGAGAACGAGAGAGAGAGCUGGAGCGAGAGAGGGACAAAGAGAGGGAGAGAGACCAGGACCGAUCGGUCCAGGCCCUGAAGGAGCUCGAGGUCAGAGUCCAGGAUCUGGUGGAGCAGGGCCUGGUCCGGAUGGAGCGCUCUUCCUCAGGACGCCUGGACGUUCAGGUGGUCCCCACCAACCAGAAUAAGUUACAAAAAGUCAGAGAAGAAGCAGAAGCCGCUCCUUCCUCCUCUGACCUCAUUGAUGGUCCUCUGCAGACAGCACCAGUCCAAGCUCCUCCACCUCCACCUCCUCCUCCACCACCUCCUCCAGCUUUAACUCCAGCUCCUCCUCCUCCACCAGCAGCUCCGCCUCCUCCUCUGCUGCUCGUGAAUGAUGGAAACUCAGGUUGUAAAAAAAAGAAGCCGAUUCAAACCAAAUACCGGAUGCCGCUGCUGAACUGGCAGGCACUCAAAUCCAACCAGGUGGCAGGAACCAUCUUCAACGAGCUCGACGAUGAACACGUAUUAGAGGAGCUGAACAUGGUGGCAUUUGAGGAGCAGUUCAAGACUAAAGCUCAGUCCUCCCCUGUAGAAAUUGGAACCCUUAGGAUGAAACUGGCCCACAAGACCCCGAGCAGAGUGUCUCUAAUGGAGCCCAACAGGGCCAAAAACCUCGCCAUCACUCUGCGGAAAGAGGGAAUGGCUGCGUCUGACAUCUGCUGUGCCAUAGAGACGUACAACCAGAAAGCUCUGAGUCUGGACUUCUUAGAGCUGCUGGAGCGUUUUAUCCCCACGGAGUAUGAGAUGAAGCUCAUCCACAACUACGAGUGUGAGGGCAGGCCCCUGGAUGAGCUCAAUGAGGAGGACCGCUUCAUGGUGCGAUUCAGCAAGAUCCCCCGACUCUCCCAGAGAAUCAGCACACUCACAUUCAUGGGCAACCUACCCGAGAGCGUCCAGAUAAUACAGCCGCAACUCAAUGCUCUCAUCGCUGCCUCCAUGUCGAUCAAAUCCUCCAGCAAGCUGAAGAAAAUCCUCGAGAUCAUUCUAGCAUUUGGAAACUACAUGAACAGCAGCAAACGAGGAGCAGCAUACGGUUUCCGCCUGCAGAGUUUGGAUCUGCUCUUAGACACUAAAUCCACAGACCGCCGACAGACGCUGCUUCACUUCAUCGCCAGCAUCAUUCAGGAGAAAUAUCCUGAGCUACGGACCUUUUACACCGAGCUGCAUUUCCUGGACAAAGCAGCGCUGGUCUCUCUGGACAGCAUCCUGCAGGACGUGCGCUCUCUAGAGCAAGGCCUGGACCUGACCAGCAGAGAGUUUUCUGUAGAAAAAGAUAAUCCAGUUCUUCAGAUGUUUCUAAGCAGCAACACGGAGCUGAUCCGCUCUCUCAUAGCUGACGGAAAAACAGCCCAGGACGCGUACGACUCUGCUGUGGAGUACUUUGGGGAAAACUCUAAAACCACUCCGCCCUCUGUGUUCUUCCCUGUUUUUGUGCGCUUCAUUAAAGCAUACAAGCAAGCUGAGCAGGAGAACGAGCAGAGGAAGAAACAGAGCCUGAACACUGAUGCUCCUUUAACUCCACCUAAACCUGACACCACAGGAAACAAGGUGUGUGUGACGCCCAAACCGCCUCACAUGGAUCUGAUCGCGGAGCUGAAGAAGAGGCAGGUGACUCCUCUGGUGAGGGAGGGGAAGGACGGGGCGAUCGAGGACAUCAUCACAGAUUUAAGGAAUCAGCCGUACAGGCGGACGGAUGGCAGCAGACGCAGCACCAAGUGGAAACCUGGACAACAGCUGCACGUGUCCUCAGACAUCUCCCUGUGAAAAAACACCACCACUAAACAAGCACAAACACCGAUAUUAGCUCGCCACAGCAACCAGCCCGUCCCCUCCUGCAUGUCCAGGCUGCAGAGGUGAAACUGCAUGUGUUCACAAGAAGAAUAAAUAAGCUGACACUCGCAGAGAGAAGCACUUUUGUGAUGAACUGAUGAUUGUAGAUGAUUGAAACAAUCAGAUAUAAGAGAGAGAAUGUGAUCUGCUCUCCAUGUUAAUGACACUGGAUGUCAUACAGGCUCGUUAAGGCGAUUAUAUGGACGAACGAGCCACUCAGCAGACACACAGCGCUUCAUUAAAGCUGCUCGUCUCAGAGCGACUCUGAAGACGUUAAAGUUUGAUGGACGGUGCGGUGCUCAUAAAUCAUUUUGAUAGUUUUUCUUAAAAAAGCUCCUCACAUGAAUUUUUAAUUGGUUUUAUUUUAAGUAGAGUAUUAAUCAAACUGUCCAUCUCCCUGUCCUCUAGAGACUCAAAUUCAGCCUGAAGAUUUGUAAUAUAUUUAAAUUAUUUUUAAUACUGAGGUGUGACAGUGAAGGACUGAGCUUCUGCAUUUCAACUAAUAAACCAUUUUUUACC